AUGACCACUAAUCAUCAAACAGUAGGUCGCAGUCUUUUACCGAAUAAUGAACGUGAACGUGAUACUCUUCUCAAUAUUCGUCAACUAGAGAAACGAUUACGACAAGUAAUACGCGAAGUUGAUACACCUUUUGCUUCCCGGCAUAAUGAAUAUAGUGAUGUGUAUAGUGAAUUUGCUGGCGAAAAAAAUUCAUAUGAACAAGCAUUUAAUGCUGAAAAACGUCGAAUUCAACAACAUUUGCAACGUAUCAAUCAAAGUGUUCGUUCAUUUUCAAAAGAUGUUCGUCAUUUGAAACCUGAUUUAGCUAUGGUUAAUAAAAUUCGUAAUUCAAUCGAAGAAAUCGAACAAACAAUUUAUGCAUCAAAAGAAGCAUCUCGAUUAAAAUACGAAGAACUUAUUGCUGAAGAACGUUUACUAUCGAAUGAAGUACAAGCAUUAAAUGAUAAGAUUGAAUUAUGGUCUAAGCAACGACCUGGUCAACAACGAAGCGAUUCAGUUCCACCAUCCGGAUCUGCACGUAAAUUGGAUACAUCCAAUUCAAAUCUUUUGCCUGAAAUUAUUGAAUAUGACGGUGAAGAUAAAUUUAUUGAUGAUUGUAUUGGUUUUUUACCAACUAAAACUCGAGAUCAUAUUCAAGAACAUGAAAAAUGGUAUCGACAAUUUUUAAGUAUUAGUAAUAAACGUCGUCUAGCAUUAAAAAAAUGGCGAGAUGAAAGAAAUCAAGCUAAAGAAACAAUUUUACAUGAAGCUGAACAAGCACAUAAUACACUUAAAGAGAUUGAUGAAGCUGUUCAUCGAGUACAAGCUAAAGAACAAGAACGAAUACGAGCUGAAAAGUCAGCUUUAUUAGUUGCUUGGAAACAAGAACGUGAAUUAAAGCAACAAGAAAUUGAAGAAGAACAAGAACGAAUUGAAAGGAAAAAACAACAAGAUGAAGCAAAACGACUUGCUGAAAAAGAAGAACAAAAAAAGUUAGUUGAACAAAUUCGUCGUGAACGUGAAGAAAAUGAACGAAUUGAACAAGAACAAGAGGCAAGACAACGACGUCUUCAACAAGAAAUAAGACAACGAACAGCUACAGCUGCUAUUCGUAAAUUUCGUGAAAGAGAUAUGAACAAUUUAGAAGAUAAAAUUGUACGGGAUAAAUUACAAAAACAAGAAGAAGAAGCUCGACAACAACGUCUCGAAGCAGCUAAAUAUCAAGUAUCAAUUGAUUAUGAUCCUCAACAUUUAUAUGAACCAACACAAGCAUGGACAUCACGUAGUAAAACUCCUCGAGAAGUAUCUAAAGAUACGUCUGCUCCACCAAUUGUUCCACGAAGUUUUAAACUAUUGGAAGAACUUGAGGCGGCUCAAAAAGGCCAUCAUGAAGGAUCGGUAUCAUGGGGUCUCGAAGCUAAUGAUGAUAUGUCACUAUCUCGGUGGGUUUGUAUGAUUAUUGGACCGUCACGAACGCCUUAUGAAGGUCGCAUUUAUACACUGAAAGUUCAUUGCAAUGAUCGUUAUCCAGAAGAACUACCGACAGUUCGUUUUCAGACACGUAUCAAUCUCACUGGUGUUUCAGCUAAUGGCUCAGUUGAUCCAAAAUAUGUGUCAUCUCUUCGUAAUUGGAAUCGAGAUAUGACUAUUCAUCAAGUGUUGAACGAUAUUCGAGCGAGCAUGUCAACAAAAGAGAAUGCAAAAUUGUCUCAACCAUCUGAAGGAGCACUUUAUCCAUCUCAGUGA